AUGGAGGACCAGAUAACUAGUGGUUCCCAGCAACCAGACGUAUCUGGAACCGGCAAUGUACCACCGAUUGUAACAGGGUUCGUGGGGAUGAUCCCAUGCCUCUCAAACCUGCCGGGGGAUACGUUAGAUGUGACCAGAUUCUUCAAAACGGUAGAAAACGUAGCAAAGUUAGCCAAUUGGGAAGAAUCGGUUAUAAUAAAUGUCGUUCAGGCACGACUCAAGGGCGAGCCGUUAUCGAUAUUCUUUGACCUAAGGGAGCAAGGGGUAGAUAGUUAUGAGGAAUUAAAGGAAGGUAUUGUGAAAUGUUUCGGCCGCAAGGAGAGUGAACGGAAUUCUUUUAGCUUAGUCCUCAAGGUAACGCAAAAGAGGGGUGAAAGGGCAUACGAGUAUGGGGUGAGGGUGAAGACUCUUCUCUCUAGAGCCAUAACCCACAACCCCAACGUGGAAACGCUAAGGGAUAAUACUGUUAAGGAAAGCUUCAUUAAGGGAUUAAAUCCUGAAAUUAGGAGACAAGUCAUGCAAAAACACCCAAAAAUGUUGGACGAAGCUAUCGCCCUGGCUGAGGUCGAAGAAGAGGUAGAUGUAGUAUGCGGUGGGAAGGCGGAGGUUAGUGGAGUCUGCGCGAACGCAAAUCCUGAAAGUGACUCAAUUAACAAGGACCCGAGGAUAGACGAAUUACAAAACCAAAUAAAACAGUUGAAUGAGUCCAUGAAAUCUGUAUGUGAGAUCUUAAGGGAAGGUAGAAGUCAACUUGGAGCUCGUAGAGAGAGUAGAAGAUGUUACACUUGUGGAAGACAGGGACAUUUAUCUAGACAAUGUGACCAGCGCAAAAAUUUAAACUAG